UGGAAUUCACGCCGACUUUGUUGUUGCUCCAAGGAAACGGAAAUUGCACGCCAAAAAAGCCAGUCGAAGCGAAACUCUUGACAAAGUUGAACGCGUUUUAUGUUUGUGGCGUCGGAGUGCGUUUUGUCGUCGGUUGCGGUAAAUUUGCGUUUUUUAGUUCUUUUCGUGUGGCAGAAAGAAAAAAAAAGUCGCGUUCGUUCGUUCGUUUGCCGCGUUAUACCGGUCGUGUGUGGCGUGGCGUGCGCCGUAUUAGCUUGUACCCUUCGUGCGUGUGCUUGUGUCAGCCACGCGUACAAAGUGGCGUCUAGAUGUUACCCACGCUAAUGGAAAUUUUCAGCUGCUCUUAGGAUAUAUUACAAGAAAUUUGCAUAAAAAUUGUGGUGCUCUUUUUUGUUGUUGUACGGUUGUAAGUUGUGGUCUUAUGCAAAAUAAGUGUAUUCUACCUUUAAUUGUUGGCCUCACCAAAGAUACUGUGUGUGAAAUAUACUCGAAGGUGUUUAAGCAUGAUGAGCUGAAGCUUGUUGUAAAAUUUGUAUGUGAAUCUACAAUUUAGUAAAUAUAUGUACAUUUCAAGUGUAACAUAAUCAAUAAUUUCGGUAAACUUCUUUGAUAAAUGUGCAAAACUUUGGUCAGCGACUUCAUUCAAUGCAAGCGCUGCCAGUCAGCAGUGAAAGUGACUCAUGUCGGGCUUACAACAAGUGCGGAUUAAUUUGUAAAACAAAUACAAAAUGAAGCACUUCGCUCAAAAAAUAUAUACAAAUCAGUGAAAUUCGGAUUAGCAGCCAUGUAGUGAACACCUACAAACAAGAAUACGAAAAAUAUUACGCAAAAUAGAGAUACAAUUAAUUACGCGUCAAAAAUGCGAAAAAUCCAACUUUUAUUUAAAAUAAAGCCGCAAAAAAAAAACAACAAAAAAAGUACAGUUGAUAAGGAAAAAGUUAAGAUAAACAAAUUUUUGGAAAAGCUAAGAAAAUUUGAAAUUAUGGAAAUUAGUGAGGAGCCAAACAAAAAAUAUUAGAGAAUAGAGAAACUGCGCUUAAAAUAACGGAGCAGACAAACUUUGCAAAAUAGAACAUAUAUGUAUAUAUACGCACACACCAACAACAAUUAGUGGUUGGCGAGAGAAAUAAAAAUUACCAUAACGUGCUGUCGGGGGGCGAAAGUGUAGCCAAAAAAACAACAACAACGGCAACAACACACAAAUAAUAAUAAGUUGAUAAAAUAAGCGGCAGCAAAUUAAACAUAAACCGCUUAUGAAAAUAACACCGCCACAGUUGUGGUCAGGCGACUAGAUAGAAUAAGCAGUAGAGCAAGCAGAAGACUGUCUUGGAAGGAGCAUACAAUUUUGAAAAAAAAAAAACAACUUAAAUACCGCAAAAAGUGGCGCAAAGUGAAAAAAUGCGUGCGAAAGUUUCGCCCCAACGGAGAUGCGCUUAGUCAGCGGUAAAAUAAAAAUUUGUACAAGAAAAUCAAUUUCAUAAACAACAACAACAAGAGAACCAUAGCCAAAAAAAUACCAAAAAAAAAAAAGGACGAGAGCAUACAACCAACACCGAAAUACGAAAAUAAUAAAGCAGCCAAAACAAUAAAAGCAACAACAAUAAUAAAACAGCCGAAAAGUGUGGAUACAAACUUGGCUAAGCUACUUGGCUGACGUGACAGCUAAUGGCAAUGGCCGCACAACGGCGCGCGCAAAUAAAUGACUAAAAGUCUGUGUACGUGAACUGAGCAGUCACUUAAGAGCGCUCAACGGCGCAAAAAAAAAAACGAAGCGAGUCUAUCGAUUUUUGUGUGCGGCAAAUUAAUUAAACAACUAAUUGCAUCAUUAGCGAUUUAUGUGUUAGCCACUCACGUGCAACAGCGCAGUAAUCACCUAACGGCAAUUCGCAGCGUUUUAGAUUAAAAUAAGCUACUUGUGUUAAGCGUUUUGCAUAAACCACCUACACCCACCUUAAUGUUGUACCAAUACGCAAUCUAAUUAAAUUAAUUCGACAUUUGUGCAAAGUUCAAACAGAAAAUCGACGAACAAAUUGCCAAUACACACAUACUACUAGUUGGCAGUUAAAACGUUAUGCCGCUAGCGUGCCGUUAUUUUAACUGUUACUGCAACCAUUCAAGUGAAAACUACGUGCAGGGCCGGCAUAACAGCAACAACAAUUGUGACAGCAAUAACAAAAAUACACGCAACAUUGACAUUGGCCUCGGACAACAACAACUAAGCAAUCAACCUUUCGCAUUCGUUCAUGCCACAUUCAACACCGCACAAAAUCAAAUGGGUGGCAACCUUUUGCCGGACAACUAACUACAAAGUGUGCGGGCAUAAAAGCGCCAAAUAGAAAGAGGAGGUGAAAAAAAAACUAAAGUUCAGCGAACAGUGAAUGCGGAAAGUCAAACGAAAACGGAAAAUAUCAUAAAAUGGCUACAAUAAAAAUUCGACAAUUGAAUUCAUUUAAAUUGCAACAGCAGCACCAGCAACGGCAGCGACAGGAGUCGCCGAAAGCUAGCUGCCGCGCCGCAUUCGCUCUGCUGUUUAGCCGUUGUUCAUGUUGCGCAACAAAUUAUUUGAAAAGUUAUUGCCGCAUUAAGCGUCAUGGUGUUAAUAAAAAUAAAACUUUAUGUUGGCUGACAUUGACUUUGAUUUUAUUGAGCUGCAGCAGUUGGCAUGGACGGCGCGGCGGACGUGGCGGUGGUGCGCUCUGUUAUGCGCUCGAUAUCGGCACCUGCAAGCAACCGCUCGGCAUGGAAUCCGGUGCCAUCGCUGAUACGCAAAUUACCGCCAGCUCGGCGCAUGACAUGGGCAAUGUGGGCCCACAACAUGCCAGACUGAAGGUGGACAAUAAUGGUGGCGCUUGGUGUCCGAAGCAUAUGGUUUCGCGCGGUCUCAAGGAGUAUCUACAAAUCGACUUACUGCAGGUGCAUGUCAUCACAGCGAUACGCACACAGGGUCGCUUCGGUAAGGGUCAGGGGCAAGAGUAUACCGAGGCAUAUGUGCUUGAGUACUGGCGUCCUGGUUUUGAGAAAUGGUUGCGCUGGAAGACCAUACAAGGCAAGGAGAUACUAACAGGCAACAUAAACACUUACAGCGAAGUAGAAAACAUCAUGCAACCGAUCAUUUUCGCCUCGAAAGUGCGCAUCUAUCCAUACAGCCAAUAUGAUCGCACCGUAUGCUUGCGAGCUGAGGUGGUCGGUUGUCUCUGGGAAGACGGCAUCGUUUCAUAUAGCAUACCUAAAGGCGUGCAGCGUGGUAUGGAAAUCGAUCUCUCAGAUAAAACUUACGAUGGACAUGAAGAAGGUGAUCGAUAUGUCAGCGGUUUAGGACAAUUAGUCGAUGGCCAAAAGGGCAAGGAUAACUUUCGUACGGAUAUUCAUGGUUUUGGAAAGGGCUAUGAGUGGAUUGGCUGGCGCAAUGACACACCAAAUCUAUUGGGUCAUCCAGUCGAGAUUACAUUUGAAUUUGAAAGUGUAAGAAACUUUAGUGCUGUCAUAUUGCACACAAAUAACAUGUUCUCCAAGGAUGUGCAGGUUUUUGUGCACGCAAAAGUCUUCUUCAGCAUUGGUGGUCGUCAAUAUGCCGGUGAGCCAGUUCAAUUCUCCUAUAUGCCUGAUACAAUUUUGGAUCACGCACGCGAUGUGACAAUCAAACUUCAUCAUCGUCUGGGCAAAUAUUUACAAUUACAUUUGUAUUUCGCGGCACGUUGGAUAAUGCUCAGUGAAAUCACAUUCAUAUCGACACCCAUUGUUGGCAAUUUCACAGACGAAGAUUUCGCUGCCGGUGGUGCAAUUGGUGUGGGUGCAACACCGCAAGAUAACGCCGAGUAUCCAUUUCAGCGUGAUGAAGUGGAGCGUGUCAUUAACGGAAAAUUUGGUGAACGCAGUCAGCCGCAAACACCAUUGGUGAUUUCACCCAAACCCAUAGACCAUCCCGAACCGGAGAACAGCUUGAUUGGCUUCAUUUUUGCCGUAUUGGUGGCCAUCAUAUUGGUGCUCGUUGUGGUUAUACUCUUAAUUGUCAUACGUAAUAAACGCGGUCGUGGCGGUAAUGUGCUCGAUGCAUUCCAACACAACUUCAAUCCGGAUACGCUAGGGGGCGCCGACAAGCGGCUCAAUUGCAAUGGCAUGAAGGCCGUCACCAUGGACAAUGACACGGAGUCGAUUGACAAGAGUAGCCUCUACCAUGAACCGUUCAAUGUGAAUAUGUACACGAGUGCAGCGAGCGGUUGCUCCAUGAAUGACAUGCAACGGCAACAUGUCACACCGGACUACACAGAUGUCCCCGACAUUGUAUGCCAGGAGUACGCUGUUCCCCAUAUGCAGGACCUACUGCCAACUAGCACGCAAAAAUCCAACUCCCUUUAUGGCGCCAGCAUGGGAGCUGGCGGCGGCGGCAGCAGUAACUAUAGCACAAGCGCACGCAACACACUCAACAGCAUGUUUCAAUCGAAAUUGUCCAACGCUAGUCAAAAGCUACAACAACUACAACAUCAACAUUCAUAUCAGUCACAACUUACGCCACCACCACCACCGCCACCGGCACCCACCUCGGCAACAGCAGCAACCACACACUGCCCGCCACCAAUACCGCCCCUACCGCCAUUAUUGGGCAACGCCAGCAGUAAUGAGAAAUACUAUGCAACCACAGCGAUUUGCAAAGCAAAUGCCGCCACAAAUGCCUCUCAUGGCAUUGGCGGUGCGGGUGCUGGUGCUGGGGCUAUCGGUGGUAUGGGCACAAACGCUGGUGCUUGCAAUACAUUACCCAAUGGCAGCAUUGGUGGCGGUAGCGGUAGUCUCGCCUCGACAACGGCCAGUCUGGCAUCGAGCUCGACAACGCCAACGGGCGGAUACGGUUAUGCGAGCUCAGCCGCUACUUUAGCUGCUGUAAAACCGCAUCAUUACAAUCUGGACAUGAGUGGAAAUGGCGGCGCUGGCGGCCACACCAGUGUCGAUGUUAACGAAGAGCUGGCUAAUUUUCAAGUGCAAGAGUUUCCGCGACAAUCGUUGGUGAUAGUGGAGAAGCUGGGCUGUGGCGUUUUUGGCGAACUGCACUUGUGCGAGACGAAGGGUAUGAGCGCCAAUUUGGUAGCAGUCGCCACCCUUCGACCCGGCGCACCCGAUCAUAUGCGUAAAGAGUUUCGCAGCAAGGCGAAACAACUCGCGCGCCUCAACGAUCCGAAUGUGGCGCAUUUGCUUGGCGCCUGUCUGCGUGAUGAGCCCAUUUGCAUGGUGUUCGAUUACUCGGAAUGUCUGGGUGACUUAAAUCAAUUUCUGCAGGAGCAUGUAGCCGAAACGACGCAUAGUCUACAAGCGGGUAUCAUGACGAAUAAGAGCUUAAGCUACGGCAGCUUGGUGUACAUAGCUACACAAAUUGCAUCGGGCAUGAAGCAUUUGGAGCAAAUGAAUUUCGUGCAUCGUGAUCUGGCAACAAGAAGUUGCAUUAUUGGCCCGGAAUUGACGAUAAAAGUCUGCUCCAUUGGCACUGUGAUAAAUCGUAUCGCUUACGCGACCGACUACUGUCAGCUGGAGGGUACUUCCGGACGUCAAACACAACCGAUGCCCAUACGUUGGAUGGCCUGGGAGAGUGUGCUGCUGGGCAAAUUCACAUCGAAAUCGGAUGUUUGGUCCUUUGCCGUAACGCUCUGGGAGAUCUUAACCUUUGCACGCGAACAACCCUACGAACAUUUAUCGGAUGAGAAAGUAAUCGAGAAUAUCGGACAUAUCUAUGCGGAUGAUAAGUUGCAUGAACUACUACCGAUGCCUCUAAAUUGUCCGCGGGAAAUUUACGAUUUAAUGUGUGAGUGCUGGCAGCGCAACGAAUCGAGUCGACCGAAUUUCCGUGAGAUUCAUCUAUUUCUACAGCGAAAGAAUUUGGGCUUCAAGCCCAACAACACUAUGCAUUACUAAAGUAUGUGAAGUGUGCAAAAAAUAACCAACAAUUCAUGAAAAUUUUUCAUGUGAAACAUUUUCGAAAAAAAAAUGAUAAACGCCGCUUGUAUGGCCGUGAAUACUUAGUAUUUAAAUUAUAUGUAGAUUAUAAAUUUAAUUUGUAAGUAAUGCAAAACUCGGCGAAUUUAAUACUUAAAGACAUAUGUAUGUAUGUAUGUGGCAAAAGCUACAGAGUGUGUAAAUUGCGUAUUAUGUCGCAAAAAAUUUGGUUUAGUCAGCAAAUAAGUAUCUAAGUAAGUAAGUAAGUAAAGUAGGAAGUCGAAAAAAAACUAAUAUUCAUCGAAAAGACGAAUGAUGUUAAUGCGUUUAUAAAGAUUUAAGAACGUAUUUUUAUGUCUUUUGUGCUAUAUUUUCACUGAAAAUUAAUUUAAAUUUAUUUCGUCUAAUCGAUGAAUAUUUCAGUCAGCCGUAAAAGCCAAAUUUUUUUAUGCAGAGAAGUAAAAGUCUAAUAUUUUCAUUGAAAAUUAACUCAAAAUUGGUUUCAUUGAGUCAAUGAAUACUUAUUAAAAUAGAAAAGGUUAUACGUUUGUAAUGAACUAACAGCAUAUUUUAUUUAAAUUUAUUUCGUCUAAUCGAUGA